AUGUCCGUGAGCAAAGAACAGGGCGAAGAUCCCCCGGGGAGUUUGGGCUCGAGGACGCGAUCGCGGAUCGAGACGACGGCCAAUAAAGCGACGCCGGACGCUCUGACUGUCGAGUUUCAUUUCGGCCGACGGACAUUGAAUUUCGGUGGCUUCAGAGGCGCCAUCCGAAAUCUCGCGCUCGCCAUCACCGAUCCGUCCGAACGAGCUCGAGCAGUUCUCUGGAUUAACAAACUUUUCGGGGCCGAAUAUCACGUCGAAGUUCUCCGGGACAAACGUAACCGCUACUUGGCCGCCCUCACCGUCAGUAUGAUCAACGACGAACUCAUCGGAAUUUUCGCCGAGGAUCCACCUGUUUGCGCCCUCAGGGAUAUCACCAAAAUGCAGAUACUUCCGGCACCCGUCGCAGAGUGGGAAAACGACACCACGUGGGCCGAUUUCGUUUCGACUUUACCGGAUAAUUGUAAAGAGGUUAAUUCAAUGAUUCAUACUCAAUCUUUUCACUGCGGUGACGAGAUGUGCAAGCAGGCAUCGGUGGACAUGGGUCAGCAGCUCGACAGCGAGUUUUUGUUUCUGCUCUACCAAAUGAGACCGUACGCGGCUUUGAUGCCUUGUCGCGAUUACAAAACGAAAGUUGCCGCUUGGAUGCAAACUCUCUGCCGACUGGGAUGCAUGGGAUGCGACAAAAUGAGGGCGCUCCGAAACGAUUACGCGUAUUCGCUCUACGGAUACGUUCGAGACUUGAGAGUGGCCGGGCCGUUCCAAGAUUUCCCGCCGAAAAUGAGCUUGCCUUCUCUCUGUGAAGCCGCCAAAGCCGCGGCGAAGAAGCACCCGCUGACGUCACCCUUCAGCGAAGAGGCCAAUGCCUUUCUGGAAGUCCAACCGAACCUCGAAGACGGUGCGUUUUGUUAUUUCGCAAUAACCGGAGAUUUCGCGAAUCCGGAUUCGCUCCUCCCGCCUUAA